AUUAGCGGCAGUCGCCUGCAAGUUUGUUAGACAUAAAAAUUUGCACGUGUAAAGAAUGUUACGAAAAUAUUUCGAGUGUUUUACGUUUAUUGUGAAUGAUUCGCGGUGUGUGAGAAUUAAGUAGUGCAAAUUGAAGGAGUUAUGUCACUAAUUAAGUUUAGUUCGAUUUGAGUUGGUGUUGGGAAAAAGUUGAAACUGUAUAAUUGUAAAUAAGUAAUUAUGAAUAACAUUUAUGUGUACAUAAAAAAAAACUUAAAAAUAAAAUUGGAUAACUUCACAAAUAUAUGUUUUAAGAAUUGUAAAUACAAAUGUGGAAUGUGCAAUCAACAGUGCAAUAUUGAAGUGAAUGUGAGAAAAGACAAUAAGUGAAAAAAAUGAUUGAAAUUUAAAACAAUGUUUUCAAAUGCAACGUCAAAGGAUUUCACCCCAUUGCAGGGUAUAAAUAUAAGUGGUGGUUUCAACGCGACAUUUCAGUUCGGCAGUGAAUUGGACAUAUUUUUUCAGCCGGAAAAUGUUUUGAUAACUUUGUACGUUCCUAUAAUAUUGUUGUCACUCGUGGCCAAUAUACUGUUGAUAAUUGUCGCUGUUAAAUGUAACUACACCAAGAGUGUAACCAACAUAUUUCUGGUGAACCUGUCCGCGGCAGACCUCCUCGUCACCGGCGUGUGCAUGCCCAUCCAGCUGAGCAAAGCCAUCACCCUCGUCUGGUUUUACGGGGAGACGGUGUGCAAGAUAGUCAAUUAUAUACAAGGCGUAGCUGUGGCAGCUAGCGUGUUCACCCUCACCGCCAUGUCAGUGGAUCGCUGGUUGUCGAUAUCCCCCGAGCCCAGACUCCGCCCGCCCGGCAGGAGACAGGCUCUCCUCCUGCUAGCUCUUCUGUGGUGCGCCGCUCUCCUAAUAUUUAUACCACUGGUCAUAGUGGCUUCUGUAAGAAGAGAAACUGUGCCAAUUAUUGCUAAAGCUUAUAAGAACAUAUCGAUAGAAACUAGAGAUGUACACUUUUGUACAGAAGAAUGGCCAAGUCCGGAGAGAAGAAAACAAUUCGGAACUUUUAGUUUCACCAUUGUAUACGCGAUACCAGGUUCAAUAACAAUCCUGUCGUACGCGUGUAUGGGACGGACGCUGUGUUCAGUCAGACCACCCUUCGACAUCGACGAGGGUAACGUUAGUAUGCAACAGGGUUUAAGGUUAAUGAAGGAGAGGAAGAGGGUAGCGUGGAUACUGUUGCUGUUAGCAGUACUGUUCGCAUUAUGUUGGAUGCCAUACAACAUAAUGCAGUUACUGCUGGAUAUCAACGCAGUAGAUCCGAAGGAUCUUAGUAUUUAUUUACCAUACGCUUUAUUUAUAGGUCAUGCUAAUUCGGCAAUAAAUCCGAUAGUGUAUUGUUUGAUGACGAGAAACUUCCAACGUUCAGCCCGGAAGUUGUUGUGCGGUCGCGGAGUGUGUAAGCAAGCUAAGUUUACUUGGCGGUGUACGCAGAAACCGGAUGGGUCUUCGAGCGACUACGAUCUAUACCACGAGCCACAUAAAAGAUGUUAUUUACAGAUGAAUGCACUUCGCUACAACGGGCACGCUCACGGGGCGCCGUUGCCGCGCGGCAUCGAAACUCGUGCGCACACAACACAGCUCAGCCACGUGACGCGCUCGUCGCGGCGGACUGCGCCGGCGCACGCCCUCUCCGUCGAAAUGCUACAAAGGCACGGCCAUAUCGACUUCAAACGCUGAUGUUUGGUAUCGCUGUACGAUUAAUUAUUUAAAUCGAUUGAAUAUCGAAUCGUACCGAAAUGUAUUAUAUCCGUCGAAAUGCUGCAAAGACGAUAUCGAUUAAUCGAUUGAAUAUCGAAUCGUAUCAAAUGUGUAUAGAACGUUUGGGACCGCAGUAAUAUAAGGUGUUAUGUAAGUGACAAUUUAUA